CCGGAUCUCCCUUUGCCUCUGUCCUCUUCUCUCCCGACGCCUAGCUCCACCGCACCUCCUCCUAGGGACCCCAAGGCGUUGACCAUGACCGCUAUCCCAGAUUGGAAGCUACAGUUGCUAGCCCGGCGGAGGCAGGAGGAGGCAGCGGUUCGUGGCCGCGAGAAAGCAGAACGUGAUCGCCUGUCCCAGAUGCCAGCCUGGAAGAGGGGAAUUCUGGAACGACGCAGAGCCAAGUUGGGCUUGCCUCCUGGAGAGGCGAGCUCUGUGCCUGGGACUGCAGAGGCUGGACCUCCAGAUCCAGACGAAUCCGCUGUCCUCUUGGAAGCUAUUGGGCCAGUACAUCAGAACCGAUUCAUUCAGCAGGAGCGACAGCGGCAGCAGCAGCAGCGAAAUGAAGUGCUUGCUGAUAGGAAGCCCGGGCCUCUGGAGGCUAUAGAGCGGAGAUCAAGUCCUGGUAAUUUAAGAGAGCAGAGCCCCAAGGGAAGAGAGUCGAGAGAAGAGAGGCUAAGUCCCAGGGAGGCCAGAGAUAGGAGGCUGGUGAUAGGGGGAGCUCAAGAGUCAUGUUCCAGGACUUUGGAGACUCGAGACUGCAGGCAAAGCCCUGCAGAACCCAGAGACCUAAGUUCCAGACCAGCAGAGGCUCAGAAAUGGAGGCUGAGCCCUGGAGAAACUCAAGAGGAGAGUCAGAGAUUAGCAAGUCCUGGAGACCAUAGUCCUAAGAGAAAAGAGGUAUUGGAAAGCAGACUGAGCCCGGGGGAGUCUGGUGACCAGAAGGCCUGCCUGACAGAGGCCCAUAAAUGGACUCUUGACCCGAAAGAACCCCAGAAACAGAGCUUGAUACAGCCGGAGGCCACCGACUGGAGGCUGAAAUCAAAAGAAGAGAGAAAAGUCUACUUGGAGGAGUAUGGGAGAAAGGAAGAGACACCAAGUCCAGGAAUUAUCCUAGACCAGUCUCCAGGGACAAAGGAGAGUCAAGACACCACCACCUCUGGAGAUGUGGAGACUGCUGAGCAGAGGUCCAGCCCUGUGGAGGAUGGAGACAGGAUCUCCAGGCCCACUGAAGGCUGGAAAUGGACCCUAAACUCUGGGAAGGCUCGAGAUCGGACGCCUCGGGAUAUAGAGACUCCUCAGAAGCCAGAUCCUCCAGCAUCUUCAGAGAAACACCUGGGGCUUACUGGUGUGGAGGUUGAAGGGGAGGCUGAGAAGGAGGAGGCGGGGGCUCAGAGCAGGCCUCUGAGAACCCAGCAGAACCUCUGCUCUGGGCCCUCCCUCCUACUAGAGCACGCCGGGGCCGGGGCGGACCGCUCCAGACAACAGGAAGAGGAAGCUGCAGAACUGCAGCCCCCAACACCAGCCCCUCUGUCUCCCCCACCCCCAGCCCCAGCUGCCCCCCAGCCCCCCGGGGAUCCCCUCAUGAGCCGACUGUUCUAUGGGGUGAAGGCAGGACCGGGGGUGGGGCCCCCCCGCCGCAGCGGACACACCUUCACUGUCAACCCACGGAGGUGUGUGCCCCCUGCCAACCCAGCCCCUCCGGCCACCCCUGCCACAGCUGAUGCUGCAGGACCUGGACCUGGGAAGAAGCGGUACCCAACUGCUGAGGAAAUCUUGGUGCUGGGGGGCUACCUCCGCCUCAGCCGCAGCUGCCUUGUCAAGGGGUCCCCAGAAAGACACCACAAACAGCUCAAGAUCUCCUUCAGUGAGACAGCCCUGGAGACGACCUACCAAUACCCUUCGGAGAGCUCUGUGCUGGAGGAUCUGGGCCCAGAGCCUGAGGCCCCCAGUGCUCCCAUCUCCUCGGCGACCCAGCCUGACGAUGACGACGAGGAGGAAGAGGAGGAGUUGCUACUGCAGCCAGGGCUCCAGGGCGGGCUGCGCACUAAGGCCCUAAUCGUGGAUGAGUCCUGCCGGCGGUGACCAUCUUCCAAUUUGGGCACAUACCUCCUUCCCAUACCUGAAGAUCCUGAAGUCUGGAAGAUUCAGAGCCGACAGACCCUGGCAAUGAGCCUGGCAGGGAAGGGCAAUGAGCAUAUUCCGACUUGCUUUUCCCAUCCUGUUUCUGGGGCAGAGCCAGUAGCCUAAAUUUACCCCUAACCCAAGGUCCCCCGUGGGUGUAGCAGUCUCGUGGGCUGGAGCAUCCUUGGUGAGCUAAGAACGAGCAUCAAGCCCUUGAGUGGAACACAGGAUUCACCUGGGAUUGAGUUACAUGGAGCCCCUCCAGCUCUGUGACAGGGUACACUGUCCCCACAGCCUUCUUUGACUUCCCACCGCUCCCAGGGACACUCAGGAUUUAAGGGCUCACCUACCUUGGGAGAUCUAGACCCCACUCCAUCCACAAUCACUCUUGUCCUAGGUCACUGCCCCUUUGUUUACAGCUUCCUUCUUGCUUGGUCACAGCCUGGUUUACAUACCCACCAGCUCCCAGUCCCACCUGUCAAAGUCCCAGGUUUACAAGCUAUGACUACCCACAGACUUCUGGAGGAAUCUGCCACCUUCCCUUCCAUUUGUUUUAUUGAGAGUGACCUGGGGUGGUUAUGUGACUUUCUUCAACUUUGCUCAGUAUUACUGUGCCUCAGUUUCUCCCAAGAGGGAAGGCUGGGGAUCCUCACUCUGAAUCCCAUGAGAAUUAUUUAAUUCUGUUCCUCCACGUGGUUCACAUUGAAUUGAAUUGCAGUGUGGGGGGACUGAAGGAGGUGCCUCAACUCUCCCCUAUUAAUCCUUUCUCAUUUGCCUGGUUUGUUUCAUUUUGUACCUUUCUGUAAUAAAAAGGAGCUCUUUUCAACA